UUCAGAGAGAGAGAGAGAGAGAGAGAGUGAGAGACUGAGAGAGAGUUAGAGAGAAAAAGAGAGAGAAGUUAGCUUAGUAAAAUGAAAUACCUUUUGGGAGGGAGCACCAGAGUAGCCGAGUAGGGAGGCUUGAAGGCUGAGGCCAUUGAGGCAGUGACGAGGUGAUGAGCGAUCUGCCGAUCUCCGUCCCCCAAUAAGGGCAAGCGAUGAGCAAAGAUGACGCGGAAGGGUGAGUGAGCGACGACGAUGAUCUGGACUGGGCCGAUCUUCGACGACGUGACCGAUCCGAUAUCCGUUUGUUGGCUUAAGGCUCAAGCGGCGUUGCUCUGAGGGACUGAGGUCAGGUUGUUCAACCCUAAGUUGUACGUGGUGCCACCACUGGUAUUAACUUACAAUGAAAUUGCAGGUAGAAUUAAGGAUGGAAGCAAUGGAGACGUAGCUAUCGAUCAAUAUCAUCACUACAAGAAAGAUGUUCAGAUUAUGAAAAAGAUGGGCUUAGAUGCAUACAGAUUCUCGAUCUCAUGGUCUCGAGUACUACCAAAAGGAAAACUAUCUGGUGGUGUGAAUAGGGAAGGAAUCAAAUACUACAACAACCUAAUCAAUAAGCUCCUAGCCAAAGGUCUACAGCCCUUUGUGACCCUCUAUCAUUAUGAUCUUCCCCAAGCAUUGGAAGAUGAGUAUGGUGGUUUUUUGAGUCCUCAUAUUGCGGAUGAUUUUCAUGAUUAUGCUGAGCUUUGCUUUAAGGAAUUUGGUGAUCGUGUCAAGCAUUGGAUCACACUAAAUGAACCAUAUGGCACCAGUUAUGCUGGUUAUGCAUUGGGGAUAUUUCCACCAGCUCGGUGUUCCAGUUGGCAACAGUUAAAUUGCCUUGGUGGAGAUUCUGGGACAGAGCCAUAUUUGGUGGCGCAUAAUCAGCUUCUUGCUCAUGCAUCUGCUGUCAAAGUGUACAAACAAAAGUAUCAGAUAGCACAAAAGGGCAUUAUAGGUAUAACUCUGGUGUCACACUGGUUUGUGCCGAUCUCAAAUGCGAGGCAUGACCGUGAUGCUGCCCUAAGAGCCCUUGAUUUCAUGUUUGGAAUAUUUAUGGAUCCCCUAACCAAUGGUGACUAUCCACAUAGCGUGCGAUCUCUAGUUGGCCACCGAUUACCCAAAUUCACGAAAGAGCAAUCCAACCUAGUAAAUGGGUCAUUUGAUUUUCUAGGGCUAAACUACUAUACUGCUAAUUAUGCUGCCUAUUCACAUCAUUCCAAUGCUGAAAACGCAAGCUACUUGACAGAUUCACUAGCUAAUCUUUCUACUGAGCGCAAUGGGAUCCCUAUUGGUCCAAAGGCUGGUUCAGAUUGGCUCUAUAUCUAUCCAAGAGGAAUUCGAGAACUUCUAUUAUACAUAAAGAGAAAGUACAAUAACCCACUAAUUUUUAUUACUGAGAAUGGAGUUUCUGAGGUCAAUAAUGCUACAUUGUCGCUUAAGGAAGCCCUUGCAGACAACUAUAGAAUUGAUUAUUACUAUCGUCAUCUUCAAUAUCUUCAUAGUGCUAUCAAGGAUGGUGUUAAUGUGAAGGGAUAUUUUGCAUGGUCAAUAUUGGACAACUUUGAAUGGAAUGUAGGUUACACCGUUCGGUUUGGCAUCAAUUAUGUAGACUACGAAAAUGGGUUGAAAAGACAUCCUAAAUUAUCUGCCCGCUGGUUUAAGAAAUUCCUCAAGAAAUAAGAUGACAAAUUAAUGACUAUGUUCGUGUUGAACUGUAUGGUAGCAUCAGACCAUCUCCAAAAAUAAACUUUAAGAGAUUUUCUUCUCUAUUUUAAGUAAUGUCUGUAAUAUGUAUCCAAUAAAAUAAAGUUAAUGUCACUGUUUA